GCGGGGGCGCGCUACGCCCUCGCCUUCCUCCUGGGCUUCCCUCGCGCGCCGCGCGCGGCCCGUCUCCUCCUCCUCCUCCUCCUCUUCCUCCUCCGCCUCCGCUGCUGGUGCUGGUGCUUCCACGAGAGCGAGCGCGCGCGCCGGGCCGCUGGCCAGCUCGCCCUCCUGCCUGCCUGCCUGCUGCCAGCCUCCCUUGCCUGCCUGCGCCGCAAAGAGGCUUCCCUUCUCCGCGGCUGCUGCUGCUGCUUCCUUCCUGGAGGAGCGGAGCCAGCCGGGGAGCCCUGCCCGGCUGCUGCCUGGUUGCCUGCCUGCUUGCUUGGUUGGCUGCCUGCCUGCCUGCCUGGCGAGCGAGCGAGCGAGGCCGGCCGUGAUGCAUCUGCACCAGGUGCUCACCGGCGCCGUCAACCCGGGCGACAACUGCUACUCGGUGGGCAGCGUCGACGACACCCCGUUCACGGCUUACGGCUCUGGGUGCGAUAUUGUCAUCUUGGCCAACGACUUCGAAUGCGUGCAAAUUAUUCCUGGUGCUAAGCACGGAAACAUCCAGGUCAGCUGUGUGGAAUGUUCCCAGCAAGGCAGGAUUGCUGCCUCUUAUGGAAACACCGUGUGUAUUUUUGAGCCCCUGGGGAUAAAUUCUCAUAAGAGAAAUUGUCAACUCAAGUGUCAAUGGCAGAAAACUGGACAAUUUUUCCUCACUUCCAUGACCUUCAACUUGGCAUGGGACCCUCAAGGGAAUCGCUUGCUCACCGCAACGGAUAAUUUGCAAUUGUGGGCCCCUCCUGCUAAGGAUGUGCUGGAAGAAGAAGAUGAGGAAGAAGAAGAUAAUUCUGACCUCGGGGUCAAAGAUGAGAAAAGCCAUCCUGUUCUAAAUGAUUGGAAAUGCAUCUGGCAGUGCAGGACAGCAGUUUCUGUUUACUUGAUGGAGUGGUCGCCGGAUGGCGAAUAUUUUGCAACAGCUGGGAAGGAUGACUGCCUCUUAAAAGUCUGGUAUCCCAUGACGGGUUGGAAAUCGUCCCUCCGUCCCCAAGAGGGGGAUGAAAGCAAAAAAGCCGCUGCCUCGACCCUCUUUGCAUUUGUCUACCUUUCGCAUCCCCGGGCAGUGACGGGAUUUUCAUGGCGACACACAAGCAAGUUUAUGCCCAGGGGAUCUGUUUGCAACGUGCUCCUGACUUCAUGUCAGGAUGGGGUUUGCCGGCUGUGGGUGGAGACGUUGUUGCCCGAAGAUACGCUUUUGGGAGAGCAGAUCUGCGAAACCAGCACGUCGAGCAUCAGUUCCAGCACCGGCUUCUCGCAUUCAGGAAGGCACAAAGACAACAUUCAGCACGCUUUGGAAACAAUCCAUCACCUGAAAAACUUGAGGAAGGGUCAGCGAAGAUCUUCGGUGCUUAUCACUCACGCAGAAGACCUACCCAACCAGUUGGGAGUCCACGAAGUGCAGCGCCAUAUCUCUCACCAUGCUAAUGCACUCUGCCAUUUCCACAUAGCUGCAAGCAUUAACCCCAACACUGAUAUUCCACCAGCAUUGGUGAAGACCGCUUUUAAUUUCGAUGAAGGCAGCGAAGGCUUUGUGGUUCAUUGGCUAAAUAAUAAGGAAUUCCAUUUUACAUCUUCCACGGAAAUAUUUAUGCAGCACUUACGGGAAUUGGCAGAUCAUCCGUUGAAAGGAGCGGAAGAAGAUGUCUUUGAAAGAGGAAGCAGAGAAAAAGAGAGAGGCUUACUCAUGAAACUUGAUCAUGAGUUGUCUCUCGACAGAGAAUCCGAAACAGGGACCGGCUCCUCAGAUCAUGACGAUGGAGAAAAAGAAGGAAGUCCCAAAAUUCUUUCUCCAGUUGUUUCACCCGUUCCACUUCCUACUAUCUUGCUUGACCGGAAGAUUGAACUUCUACUUAAAGAAUGGAACCAAAAUCCAGAUAUGCUCUUCACCAUUCAUCCCGUGGACGGGACCUUUUUGGUGUGGCACGUGAAACAUCUGGAUGAGUACAACCCAGGCAUCUUUCGACAAGUUCAGGUUUCCUUUUCUUCCCAGAUUCCCGUGGCCUUCCCAUCGGGCGACGCCAGCUCCCUCAGUAAACACAUCAUGAUGUAUGCCUGCCCGACUUUCUUACAGGAAACCAGUGGUGUCCCAGCGUGGAAAAGAACUAGCAUUUCAGACAGCCUGUCUGGAUGUAGACCCAGCAGGUUCCACGAUCAGUCCAGUGGAAACCUAUCCACUCCCACCGUCAUGAUGAUUUCCAAACACAUCGACGGCUCUUUGAAUCAGUGGGCUGUUUCUUUCGCGGACAAAUCCGCCUUUACCACGGUCCACACCGUCACUCACAAAUUUCGGUACUGCGGCCAUCGGUUCCACCUCAAUGACCUGGCGUGCCACUCGGUGCUACCGCUACUGCUGACCUCGUCCCACCACAAUGCUCUUCUGACUCCCGAGGUUGAUGCCCCGUGGGAUUUGGAAGGGUUAACGAAAUCGGCGGAUCCCUCACGUCCCACUCUGAGGACCCCAGCCAAGCAGCAUCUGCAAAAUGCAGCCACCCGUACGUUCUACAACCCGGAUGCGAUCUACAGCGAGCUGAUCCUUUGGCGAGUGGAUCCCAUUGGGCCUUUGUCCUACACAGGAGGAGUAUCGGAACUGGCGCGCAUUAAUUCUCUCCAUACUUCUGCUUUCUCGAACGUGGCCUGGCUCCCAACUCUUAUCCCUAGCUAUUGUCUGGGGACGUACUGCAAUUCGGCCAGUGCCUGCUUCGUGGCGUCCGACGGGAAGAACUUGAGGCUGUAUCAAGCUGUGGUCGAUGCUCGGAAGCUUUUAGAUGAACUUAGCGACCCUGGAGCCUCCAAACUGAUUGGAGAAGUGUUUAACAUUGUAAGCCAGCAGUCAACAGCUCGUCCAGGAUGCAUUAUUGAGCUGGAUGUCAUAACUGACCAGUGUGGGUCCAACACACAAUUACUUCAUGUCUUUCAAGAAGACUUCAUUUUGGGGUACAAGCCGCAGAAGGAAGAGGUGGAGCGGAAGGAAACGGAGAUAUUUUUCCAACCUUCUAAAGGCUAUCGGCCCCCACCUUUCUCUGAAAAGUUCUAUCUAAUUGUAAUUGAGAAGGACACCAGUGGCUGCUCAAUUCUUAACAUGUGGCAUUUGCACCUUAAGUCUGUCCAAGCAUGUUUAGGUUCAUCUGCUGACGUUCAAUCAUUGGGACAGCAGUUAACUGUUCCUGGGCAACCGAUGGCGGAUUCUUCUCCAGAAACUUCAGCUGGCACAAUGCCCAUGCUGCGUUCUUCAUCAGUGGCUAACCUUCAGACGGCUAGUAAACUUAUACUGAGUUCAAGCCUGGUUUACAGUUACCCCUUGGAUCUGCCCCCUGGGGUGGAGGUUGUGCGAGCUACUCCUUCUGCAGGACAUCUGAGCUCCUCCUCCAUCUAUCCUGUCUGCCUGGCGCCUUAUUUGUUGGUGACGUCCUGUUCAGACAAUAAAGUUCGAUUCUGGAAAUGCUCCGUAGAGACUACGGAAAGUGGCCAAGGCGGAUCAAAAGAAAUCUAUUCCUGGAAAAAAUGGCCUUUGAUGAAUGAUGAGCAAGAAGAUGCCACCAGUACCGUCUGCAUUGUGGGGAGACCAGUUGCAGUUAGCUGCUCUUACACUGGCCGCUUGGCCGUAGCCUACAAGCAACCCAUUCAAUCGAGUGGAGUCGGAUCCAAAGAAUUUUCUAUGCAUGUGUGUAUCUUUGAGUGUGAGUCUACUGGAGGAUCGGAAUGGGUUGUGGAACAGACCAUCCAUCUGGAUGACCUCGUUAAAGUCGGGAGUGUCCUGGAUUCCAGGGUUAGCGUAGACAGCAACUUAUUUGUCUACAGUAAAUCCGAAAUCUUUUUCAAUAAGGACCGGUACCUUAUCCCAAACAUCAAGCACCUGGUCCACUUAGACUGGGUUUCCAAGGAAGAUGGUUCGCAUAUACUUACGGUCGGGGUCGGUGCAAACAUAUUCAUGUACGGACGCGUCUCGGGAAUUGUGACGGAACAAACCAGCAGCAAAGAUGGCGUGGCGGUCAUUACUUUACCGCUCGGUGGGAGCAUCAAACAAGGCAUCAAGUCCAGAUGGAUACUUCUGAGAUCCAUUGAUUUGGUGUCUUCAGUUGAUGGCACCCCGUCCUUGCCUGUUUCCCUUUCUUGGGUGCGAGAUGGUAUCCUGGUGGUGGGAAUGGACUGUGAAAUGCAUGUCUAUGCCCAAUGGAAGCAUGUCCUAAAAUCCAGGAAUGCAGAAAGCAGCGGUUUUCCUCUUGAUGACUCCCCCGUUAUGGACCCAUUCAAGGCUAACUUGCUAGCCAAAAAAGCCAGCAUCAUUGACGGAGCGGGCGUGGUGGAUGAUAUCUUUGGAACUCCCACCGUCAUUCAAGAUGGCGGGCUCUUCGAAGCAGCUUUUGUGCUUUCACCAACUCUGCCCCAGUAUCAUCCCACCCAGCUUCUGGAGCUGAUGGACUUGGGGAAAGUCCGCAGAGCAAAAGCUAUUCUCUCCCACCUCGUAAAAUGCAUCGCAGGCGAAGUCGCUAUCGUGAAAGACUCAGAAGCGGCCGAUGUGGGUUCCAAGCGCCAUCUCUCCCGCACGAUCAGCGUAAGUGGCAGCACGGCAAAGGAUGCAGUCACCACCGGCAAGGAAGGCACGCGGGAUUACACAGAGAUCGAUUCCAUCCCACCGCUACCGUUGUACGCCUUGCUGGCAGCGGACCAAGACUCCACCUACAAAACGGAGGAAGCUCCUAAACAAACCAAAAACCUGGAAGAUCGUAGGAAGAGGAAGGCUGAAGAUCAGUACUCCGAUCUUUUCCAGGUCCAGCAGGUCACAACCGAUGACUUCAUCGAUUUUGAGCCAGAGAGAAGAGAACAUAAAUCCAAAGUGAUUAAUCUUUCCCAAUACGGUCCAACGUACUUUGGCCAAGAGCAUGCCAGUGUCCUGUCGAGUCAUUUAAUGCACUCAAGUUUGCCUGGACUGACACGGCUGGAGCAAAUGUUCUUGGUAGCCCUAGCAGAUACUGUGGCCACCACGAGUACUGAGCUGGAUGAAAACCGAGACAAGCACUACUCAGGAAGAGACACUUUAGAUGAGUGUGGCCUGAGGUAUUUACUAGCCAUGCGCUUACACACCUGCCUUUUAACAUCCCUUCCACCUUUAUAUCGCGUCCAGUUACUUCAUCAAGGGGUUUCGACGUGCCACUUCGCUUGGGCGUUUCACUCGGAAGCAGAGGAAGAGCUUAUCAACAUGAUUCCUGCCAUUCAAAGAGGAGACCCUCAAUGGUCUGAGCUAAGAGCCAUGGGGAUAGGCUGGUGGGUCAGGAAUAUCAACACGCUUCGACGGUGCAUGGAAAAGGUUGCAAAAGCUGCCUUCCAGAGGAACAACGAUGCGUUGGACGCUGCUCUUUUUUAUCUUGCAAUGAAGAAGAAGGCCGUGGUCUGGGGAUUAUUUCGUUCCCAGCACGAUGAGAAAAUGACCCAAUUCUUCAGCCAUAAUUUCAAUGAAGACAGAUGGCGCAAAGCUGCCCUGAAAAACGCCUUCGCCCUUCUGGGGAAACAGCGCUUUGAGCAAUCGGCAGCCUUUUUUUUAUUAGCGGGGUCGUUAAAGGAUGCCAUCGAGGUAUGUCUUGAGAAGAUGGAAGACAUCCAGCUGGCUUUAAUAAUUGCUCGCUUGUAUGAGUCUGAGUUUGAAAUCUCCUCCACCUACACAGCCAUCCUUUACGAAAAGAUUUUGGGCUGUAAGAAAGAUGGAACCGGGUUCUGUUGCACAAAUUUGCAUCCAGAUCCUUUCCUGAGAAGUCUGGCCUACUGGGUUAUGAAAGAGUACACAAGAGCUCUUGACACCUUACUGGAACAAACCCCCAAAGAAGAAGAUGAAAAUCCAGUUAUUGUCAAAUCCUGCAACCCCGUGGUGUUCAGUUUCUACAAUUACUUGCGUACCCACCCUUUGCUCAUCCGAAGGAAUUUCUGCUCGCCCGAUGGGACCUUAGCAACGUUGGGAUUGCAGGCGGAUAAAAGUUUUGUGGACAAGAUUAACCUCAUUGAAAGAAAGCUCUUUUUCACCACUGCAAAUGCUCAUUUCAAAGUCGGUUGCCCGGUCCUGGCUCUGGAAGUCCUUUCGAAGCUUCCCAAAAUAAGAAGCAAGUCCACACUUUCGCCCAAGAAAGGAGAAUCCACACCAGUAACGCAGAAUGGUCUGAAGGUAGACCUAAUUGGAUUAGACAAAGGUAGCAAGGUCGAUUGGUCACAGCCGGUGGGUACCACGGAAGCUUCCUCCCUAGUGGACUGGAGCAAACCAUUGAUAACCUUUGAAGAUGAACCUCUGAAGCUUGACUGGGGGAACGACCAAAGCGGUUUACUUGACGAGGAAGAGGAGAAGGGUUUGAUGAUGAACGACUUGGAAAGUAAAGAACAAGAGGUCAAAAGUCCCGAUCCCAGUCAAGGCGAGGAGGGUGAGGUCGACAAAACGGAGGUGGAUGUGAUUGCGGAGCAGCUCAAGUUCCGAGCCUGCUUAAAAAUCCUCAUGACGGAGUUGAGAACGUUGGCCACCGGCUACGAAGUAGAUGGUGGGAAGCUCCGGUUCCAGUUGUACAACUGGCUGGAGAAAGAAAUCGCCGCCUUGCAUGAAAUUUGCAACCACGAGGCAACCCAGGGCAAAGAGGAAGGCCAAACCGAUAGCCACGCCAGCGGGGAUCUCUUGGGUCACCAAGAGAUGGGGGAGAAGAUGCCGUCGGGCUCCUACGAGUGGCAUCAGAUUGAGCGGAGACGGUUGCAAGCCAAACGAGAGCACGCGGAGCGGCGGAAAUGGUGGCUCCAGAAAAACCAGGCGCUUCUUCGGGUUUUCCUAAGCUAUUGCAGCCUUCACGGGGCACAGGGCGGCGGCCUGGCUUCCGUUAGAAUGGAGCUGAAGUUCUUAUUACAGGAAUCUCAGCAGGAAACUACUGUGAAACAGCUACAAUCGCCACUUCCGCUGCCCACGACGUUACCGCUGCUCUCAGCCAGCAUCGCUGCCACAAAAACAGUGAUCGCCAAUCCCGUCCUCUACCUAAACAACCACAUCCACGACAUCCUUUACACGAUUGUCCAGAUGAAAAUGCCCCCGCAUCCCAACGUCGAAGAUGUCAAGGUCCAUACUCUUUAUUCUUUAGCUGCUUCCCUUUCUGCAUCAAUUUAUCAAGCCUUAUGUGACAGCCAUAGCUACAGCAGUCAGACAGAAACAAAUCAGUUCACAGGGAUGGUUUACCAAGGGCUGCUGCUCAGCGACCGUCGGCGUCUGAGGACCGAGAGCAUCGAAGAACACGCCACACCGAAUUCGCUGCCCGCUCAAUGGCCUGGUGUGAGUUCCUUGCUCAAUCUGUUAAGUUCCGCCCAAGAUGAGGAUCAGCCAAAGUUAAACAUCCUGCUUUGUGAGGCUGUGGUGGCCGUGUAUCUCAGUCUUCUCAUCCAUGCUCUUGCAACAAACGCUUCCAAUGAGUUAUUCCGGCUGGCAGCCCAUCCUCUGAACACCCGAAUGUGGGCAGCGAUCUUUGGAGGAGGCGUGAAACUUGUGGUUAAACCCAGGCGGCAAUCAGAAAAUAUUCCAGCCCCUCCAGUCCCUGCAGAAGAGACAGAUAAGCAUCGCAGGAGAUUCAACAUGAGAAUGCUAGUGCCUGGAAGACCCGUCAAGGAGAGUGUGGUCCCUCCCCCGGUCCCUGCAGAAAGACCUUCUUACAAAGAAAAAUUCAUCCCCCCAGAACUCAGCAUGUUAGACUAUUUUGUGGCUAAGCCCUUCCUUCCUUUUUCAGAGAGUGGGGUGAUGUACGAUUCUGAUGAAAGCAUCCAUAGUGAGGAUGAAGAUGAGGAUGCUUUUCUCUCGGAUAUGCAGAUUCAGGAGCACAAGGAUGCCAAUUCGUACAGCUGGGCUCUCAUCCAUUUGGCAAUGGUCAAACUCGCUCUGAACAAUAUUAAGAAUUUUUUCCCCAUUACCGGCUUAGAGCUGUCUGAGCUUCCUGUCACAUCACCUCUGGGUACCGCUGUGAUUAAAAAUCUGGAGAACUGGGAGCAGAUCCUCCAAGAAAGAAUGGAUCGUUUUGAAGGUCCGCCGCCAGAUUACAUCAAUACUUGUUUUCCUGAACUUGGGAUGGGAGCCGGAGCGGCUGCGGCCCGAAUCAAAGCAAUGGUUGAUCCUGAAAACACGCCAUUUAAAUCAAAAGAUUAUUCUGCAUUGCCGGCUAAGAGAUUGUGGCAUUUUCUGGUGAAACAAGAAUUAUUGCAAGAUACUUUCAUUCGAUACACAUUCACCAAGAAGAGAAAACAAAGUGAGUCUGUAGAAGACCGCGAGGAGCAUGUCACAAAACAGAGCAGCCUAGCAGAAGAUGGCAAAGCCAAGGUGGAGGCAGAACUUGGCUACCCAGGAGGAAGAGCUAAAAUUAUCCACAAGGAAUCGGAUAUGAUCCUCGCCUUUGCGGUGAAUAAGGCAAACAUCAAUGAGAUCGUUUUAGCUUCCACCCACGACGUGCAAGAGCUGGACGUGUCCGCCCUCUUGGCCGCACAGCCAUACAUCUGGAUCGGAGAAGAGUUUGACAGGGAAUCAAAAAGUUCAGACGAUGUGGACUUUCGUGGCUCUACCACCACGCUGACACAGCCCAGCGCUGCAUCUUUUGCGGUGGCUCAAAUGCAGCACGUUUCAAAUCUGUCCACUUCGUCAAUGCCGUGGUUGGGCAGCGGGCAAACCAGUACCGGAGCUGGUAUACUCAUCAAACGGAAUUUGAACAACGUCAAAAGAAUGACAUCUCACCCAUUCCACCAAUAUUAUCUUACUGGAGCCCAGGAUGGCAGUGUCCGAAUGUUUGAAUGGACCAGACCUCAACAGCUGGUAUGCUUCCGUCAAGCAGGCAACGCCAGGGUUACGAGAAUGUAUUUCAAUCCUCAGGGCAAUAAGUGUGGGGUGGCCGACGGAGAAGGAUUCUUAAGUAUUUGGCAAGUGAACCAAACUUCGAGUAAUCCUAAACCCUAUCUGAGCUGGCAGUGCCACAGCAGAACCACAAGUGACUUUGCCUUCAUUACCUCUUCAAGUCUAGUGGCUACAUCUGGACAGUCCAGCGACAACCGAAAUGUGUGCUUGUGGGACACCUUGGUGUCAUCAUCCAACAACCUCAUUCAUGCCUUCACAUGUCAUGACCAUGGCGCCACCGUGCUUCAGUAUGCACCGAAACAUCAACUGCUGAUUUCCGGAGGCAGGAAAGGCCAUAUAUCCAUCUUUGACAUCCGGCAAAGGCAGGCCCUUCACACAUUUCAGGCACAUGAUUCCGCAAUCAAGGCCCUUGCCUUGGACUCCUCAGAAGAAUGUUUCUGCACGGGUUCUGCAGAAGGUAACGUAAAGGUGUGGAGACUAACUGGCUACGGUUUGAUCCAUUCCUUCAAACAUGAACACGCUAAGCAAUCCAUCUUCCGCAACCUGAGUACAGGAGUCAUGCAGAUUGAAAUGGCCCCCGGCAACCGCAUUUUCUCCUGCGGGGCAGACGGCACUCUGAAAAUGAGGGUUUUACCCAACGCGUUCAACAUCCCCUCAGACCUCUGUGACAUUAUGUAGCCUUGGCAGCCGCCCCAUCCAAAGAAGGCGGCCCUGCCUGGCCUUCCCUCAAGAGUUAAGAGGAAUGCUUUUCUACACUUUGGCUUCCCAAGAAAUUAGCGCAACAUUUAAUACCAGUAGUGAAGUAGCAGGAAGAGCAAGGUUUACACAACGCACGUUCGUAUCGUUCCAAGCACUGCAGUGACGUUCAAGGGGGUGGCACCGAUCGUGGUUUGUUGGAGAAAGCAUGCCCUAUUUCAGAUUUUUUCCAGGGGGAUGAGUAGUUGGCCUUCUCAGUGUUCUUCUUUGAACUGUCAUGUCCUCUUCCUUCAGUUGAAUUACGUCCAUUUCCCACCUUAUGAAAGGGGAGAUAAGGAUUUCUGAGAGAGUGCAAUUUUUAGGGUAUUUUUUUUUUUAAUUCGUAGUCAUUUCUUGGGAUCUUCUAAGGAAUGACAAUGUGACGAAUGCACUAUUUGUGGGCUAAUGUGCAAUGAGGAAAGAUAGGGUGGCUCAUCAGGGUUGUUGUAGUUGUUUUAAUUUAAUUUAAUGUUGAGGUCCUUCUCCUUCUCCAGUUAGCAUCGACACACAUAAAUAGCCGAGAUACGCUACAUGACGCAGUUGCUAUAGAAUCGGUUUCUUUUUUUUCUAAAAUUGCACGUUAAUGUUGAUCGCUAUAGAUAAGACGGUCAACAUUUUUGAACCAUAAUAUUGCCAUCCGGAAUCCAGUCCUGGCAUUUCCAUGCUCCCAACGUGUCUUUGUGCAAUAUUUAGCCCUUCGUUUGCUGUGAGUACCCUUGAUGAAAGAAGAAUCAAGAUAGAAAAGACGAUGGAGGAGGAGAGGGCUUCUAUGUCUUCUGAAGAUCUUCAUCUCCUAUCACAUUCUACUUCUAGGGCUCCUCCUCUUUCCCCUAUUUAUUUUCAGCCUUGUCAUUUUUAUCAGGAAUGUAUUAUGGACACCAAAAGGUUUCAAGAAACUAUAGCUAGUGUCUCAUCAUCACUUGAGUUUUAUUUGAGCCAGUAAACACACAUACACAUGCACGCACACACAACACUUAAUUAAAUAAUACUAUGGGAGAAUCCAGUAGCAAACCCAUCCACUAUUUGUUUGAGAAAAACUGAUAUCAGCCUUCCACACGGCCAGCUAGGAAAGAGUUGACAAAUUAAAACCAACUUCCGCAGCGUAAUUGUAUAAACUAUGCAGAGGUCAAUCUUGUUUGCUUGUAAUAUACUAGCUCUUGUCAUAUUUAGACGUAUUUUUCUCUGUUCUAAACAAGCCAACACAUUCUUACUAAGAGAAACAGCCGAUGUCUGUGUAUUUCAGUGUUGAUGAAUUGUAUUAUUUUUUUUUCCCCUUUUGUGAGUGUUCGUGUUUGUGCUGUACUGUACGAGCGAAACAGAAGUCGAUGGGAUAAAUUGCACCGUUGUCUAAAAGCAAUUUUAAACUGCAAGCUGUGAAGUGUGUAUAUGAGAAGAAAGCAAAUAUCAUUUGUUAGUUUUAUCUUUGUAAGUUAAAUAAAUUCCUUUUAUUUCGCAAGA